GGUCAGAGAAGGGUGGAGGUGAUGACUGAUAGGGAGCAGAGGAGAGAGAGGAGAGCAGGAGAAGGGAGGGAGUGCAAUGUUGUGUUAGUAUGAAGGACUGGGGAGGGAUAGGAACAGUGGUGUGCUGGAGCCACUGCCUUGUAAGAGCUGAUUGUUAAAUUUCCAAUGGGAGCAUUUACACUUUGAAAACUGCCAAACAGCACAUACAAAGGAAGAGGCUCUCAGGGCCAAAGGCCUGAAAAAGUGAAGCACGAGCUGGGGCAGACACUCAUACUGAGAUGCAGCUACAAUCCCCAAAUAUAUGAGAUGAGGUGGACAACAUGGUGUAAGUGGAGAGAGAAUGGAGGGGUGUGUGAUAGACUAAUUACCAAGAACUCAGUCUCUCUCUUGGAAAUCUGGGACCCACGAGCCUCCCUGCAGGUUGACCCCUACAGUGGCAUCAUCACCAUCACCAUGUCUAAGCUCAGGGUGGAGGACUCAGGAAUCUAUUCAUGUGGAAUCUAUGUCUCUUUCAGCAACACUUUUGAGUUUAUCAGGACAAUCAGCCUCCAGGUUUCUCCAGCCCCGACAUUGAGGACCACCAAACAUUCUCAAACUACCACUGAGACACCUGUCACAACCUCUGCCACCCCCUUGGUCACCAGCAGAGACCACCAGACAUUCAUCAUUUGGGGUGCGGCGCUGGCCUCUUUGCUCCUACUCGGGCUCCUCAGUGCAGGCAUAGUGUAUACCGUGAAAAUCUCCCCAAAACCAAGGGCAGGUGAUGAUCACCAUAACAUCUAUGAUGAACCAGAAGCAAAAGACCAGAAGCAAAAGGCCAGGGAUGUCACCAUAGAAAUGCAAGAAGAGGAUUCUGAGGUCAUCCAAUAUGCCUUAGUGGUCCAUGGAACCCAGCUGAGCUUUGGAGAGUCAAUCUAUGCCAACACACAGAUGGAGCACAACCCUGUUUUGACUCAUAUCCCCAACGAGUCUGUGGAAUAUGCCAGCAUUGCAAGAACCAGAUGCCAGCUUCCCAGAUAAAUUUCCCCUGAGAAGGCAGUGGUGAGGUAGUCAUUGAAAGACCUACUUAGUAUAGAACCUCAAGUUUUGGGGGGAUAGCAGUCUUAAGGGUCAUAGGAGAGAAAACAUGAGGAGACCCAGUCCCACCACUGAGGUGCUAACAGUUUCACUGGGGAAUUAAGGCAGGAAAUAAUUUUAGGAUAAAUGACAAAUCAACAUAUCUAUGUAUUAAUGGGCUGAUUAUCUCAUGAAUUAUGAGCUGAUUUCCCCACAUUAACAUAUUAAUGGGCUAAUUUACCCAUCACAAAUUUUUGGUGUAUAACCACAGCCAGGCCCUUUCUGCUACUCAUCAAUUCUUCCUUCCUCAGUCUAUCCCUCCUUAUAUGGAGAAUUCUUACUCAGCCGGCCCAGUUACCCCUUUCCUUCCCCUAGCACCCUCAAGGAUUAAUCAGUCCCAUGUGAAAACCUUGAAUCCCUGGAAUUGUGAACCAGGACCCUUGGUGAAGCACAGUUACUGUAUGUGGAGCACAGAAGGACGAGGGUGUUGGUAUAGAGGAAGGAUAAGGCACAGAGAAGAUGACAGUAUUUUUCCAAUAUUUGAGAGCCUUAGAACAAAGGGGAAGACAGAAUAGCAGAGAGAGAGAGAGAGAGAGAAUAGCAGAGACAACUAACAAGAGGGGUUCUUCUGAGUCCUUAGCAAAGUGAAAGAAGAGUCAGAGGAAGUGAAUAAGUUAAAUAGGAGUAUGUGAGUUCAAAUAGGGAAUGUUCCAGAAUCCAGACCUAGAAAGUAGUCUGUGGCAUCAAACCAGAUAACUCCACCCCAAGAAUCUCCCUCAAACACAUCAUUUGGCAACCACUAAGUCAACAUAGCUCACAAAGCAACUCAGAUGGAAGUGUUCUUGAGCUGAUCUGGAGGAGAGACAUCAUAUAAAUGAUGAUUUUCUGUAAUCCUUGCACCAGAAGUGUUUGUUGUUAUACCAGAACCAAGUCUAGUUUGGGGGUAAUGUUCUCUUUCUUCUGUGUGAAUCCCUACCCACAACCCCAGGGAAAUCUCUUCCCAGAAGAGGGUAAAAUGGUGCUGUGAAUACCUCAUGGGCAAACACACUAGCUAAUGUCUAUUCAUAAUUUAGUUCAUUAAAUUAAAAAGGGAGCACUAAGUAUCAUAUAAUCUGCAAUAAGUAAAUCUCCAAUGCAAACAUUUCACAGUGAGUACUUCCCAGUGUCACUGAGAGUUUGAACAACUACUCUCAUCACAUCUCCAUAGUAGAUGUUCUCUCAUUAUCAUAUCAGAAGACCUUAGAACCAUAGAGUGGUGUGAACUCACAAGCACACUGGUUAAGAAAUAUCAGAACAAAGUUGUGUUAUAUAUUUAAAGAAUCAUAUAAUCUGCAGCAAAAAAAAACUUAUAAUAAACUCCAAAUCCCAAAGAUUUCCCAAUGAGUACUUCCAUUGCCACUUAUAGUUCUAGCACCUACUCUCUUUACCUCCCCAUGAUUUUCUCAUGGUAUGUGCCUCUCAGGGUCACCAAUUGAAGAAGGUCACAUCUUCCUCUAAGAUCUUUUUCUACAUUCUCACAAUUUAUCCUUAUAAGGCUUUUGUGCUGCUCCCACAGAAUGA